UCCCAACAUUUUUUGCUUGUGAUGAUUUUAAAAUAAAAGGUUUACUUGUGACCCCUUGCAAGAUGUUAUAGCCUUAGUGUGGACAUGAGUUGUGAGAGUUUAACGAAAAAACAGUAGACCUAUUUCACUAGGAAAAAAAAAAGGCAGAAGACAAAAACCCUCCACUCAACUGUUUAGUGACUGCUUCAGAUUUAUCUUGGGACCUGACCUCCAGUUAGUUCUGAAGACCAUAUUGAUCUGGACUGUUCCAGGUGGUAUAAAUCACAUUACCGCUAGAUGACGCUGUUCUCUCUGAUUCCCCCUGAUGCAGAUGCUGAUCGACAGCUUCACUUGUCCCGCCCACUUCACUUUACUGUCCAAUCAAAGAUUACGUUGCUCUGUUGUUGUACGUGCUCUGACAGCGGAACUGAACAAUCGAGAGAGAGAGGCUGUCUGCUAGAAACCAACACAACAAGAUGGAGGUGGAGCAGCUCCUGUCUCUGUCAGGCUCAGCACUGGCCCAGGCUGUCAGCUCUCUGCUGGAGACCCCAGGCCUCUACGUCUUCUCUGACAUCCUGGAGCUGCCUAAUGUCAGAGAGCUGGAGAACGGCCCUCAUGCACCAGUGUACCAGCUCCUGAACCUCUUUGCCUAUGGAACCUACUGUGACUACAAAGAGAGAGCAGCCUCUCUUCCAGAGUUGACCCCCGCACAGAGAAACAAACUCCGCCAUCUGUCCAUCAUCAGCCUGGCAUCCAACCUCAAGUGCCUGCCAUACUCGCUGCUCCUGCAGCAGCUCGAGCUGAAGAAUGUGCGGGAGCUAGAGGACCUGCUGAUCGAUGCCGUUUACUGUGACAUCAUCCAGGGCAAACUGGACCAGAGGAACCAGCAGGUGGAGGUGGACUGCAGCGUGGGUCGUGACCUCGGCCCCAACGAGCUCCCAAACAUAAUCAACACACUGCAGGAGUGGUGUACAGGGUGUGAGGCAGUGCUGUGUGGUAUUGAGGAGCAGGUCUCGAGGGCGAACCAGUACAGAGAGAGCCAGUUAAAGGUCAAAGUCCAAGUGGAAACAGAGGUCUCAAACCUGCAGAAAACGUUAAAGGCCAGCGCUGCCUCUCCGUCGUCAGGCCCCGCCCCUGCUGGAGCCGCCUCCAAUCAGGACGCAGACCAGCCUGCGGAGCCACGAGACCCCGCCUCCUCUCAGGAACCACGACAACCAGGCAAAAAAAGUUCAAAGGUGAAAGGGCUGCGUGGCAGUGGGAAGAUCUGGUCCAAGUCCAACUGAAGACAAGAGACUGAGAUGUGGAGACAGCGGCACUGAUGGACACUCUCACAGAUUAAUGUACACAUGGACAUGUUGACGGACAAGCGGAUACAUUAAACAAUGUGACCAAUGUUCACGGACACCCUUGUCACAUACGCUUGCCACAGUAAAACCAGGAAGCUCAAUGGGAACUUUUCUUGUCACAAAAUCUCACCUCAACGGAUUCAGAAACACACACUGGCAGAUGGAAAUGACAGGUGUAACAUCCACUCUUGCAGUUGUUAAUAGCAGGCGGACUGUCCGUGUAUACACGCGCACACACACACACACACACACACACACACACACACACACACACACACAAAUAGAGCACUUCAAGACAGAACAGUCAGCAGCAGGAGAGUUGCCUUUGACCAGAAACAUGAUCAGUGUAUUUGACGCGUAUGUGUGUAUCUCUAUUGGUUUAAAAAUGUUCUUUUGGUUUAGAUUAAGUCUAUGUUGCUUUGUAUUUUUUCUCUCUGCUGAGUUGGGACGUAUAAAAUCAGAAUAUAAAUUGUCGGGAAAUAAAAUGAAGCCCUGUACUUAC